UUUAUUUGGAGCCCGUAACAUUUGUGAAACAUAAAAAAAAACAUUUGAUACAAAGUUUGGAAAACAUUGCAUCCUGUUUGUCAGAUUUUCAUCAGAACAGGAAAGGGUUAACCCUUUCCACAUACGUCAUUCCAAUGACGUGCACACGCGUACACGUCAUCGGAACGGAAUCGGAAGAAGAAUUACAAUAAAAAAAUUUCAUCGGUACGUCUUCCGGUCGGAAGUCGUCCCUCGGCUCUCCGAAGGCGGUGCGGGGAGGUCGUGUGGCACAGUUUGACGCCAGCUAUUGUAGGGUGCGGCGGUCGUGUCGCGACGGUUCUUUGCGAUGGCUUCACCCGUUGAGUUGGCAUUCAUCAAACAAGAAAACGAUGAAACUCCAAGCCCCAUUAUGUAUCCUGACGUGACGGGGAAUCGUCUCUCUGGACCCGGCGUCAAGGAAGAAGAUGAUGGGAGUCUGGGAACUGAGAUAAUGAACAUUGUGGUUAAAAGCGAAGUGGAGGAAGAUGCUCCAGAUGUGAAUAUUGUUAAAGUUGAAGGAGACGGUGAGAGGCCAGAGGAGACUGGGGAUUCCCACGGAUGUCCGGCCACUCCAGACCAGAACUUCAUCGAAGUGGAGUUAUCAGAGGAUGACGUUGGUGAAGUGGUGCUGAGAACACUGGUGAACAUGCCGAAAAUGCAUCCAUCCCGAAAAUCAGUGUCUAGUGCGCACGAAGAUGUGGAGAAAACACCGAUACCUUCUCGGAGCGUAGCUGGCUCCGCCAUUACAGAUGAUGCUGUGCAUGGCCCUCAUGAGGCAGGCAAGGCCUUUGGGCCCGCUCGAGAAUUUGUGCUUGAACACAAUACCGACGAGAGUGUCAGCGACAUUGAGGAGGCGUCCUGUACCUUUCAAGAAGAUGUUGGUCGGAGGAGAGGAAGGAGGUCACGUGGCCAUGGAAGAGGUGGACGGCCAUUCCCGCCCUCCUCACCCUUGGGUGAGUGGGCCACCCCUACUCAUGGCGAUAGUGGAGAUGAGGACCGAGCCAGUGAUGGCGGACAGCAGCAACCACGUGCUGGAGAAUGGACAGAAGACAAUGCCGGAGUGCGCUUGCUCGAUUUCACAGCAGUUCCAGGAAUGCAGACACCGGUUCCCGCCACUCCUUUGGGUUUCAUUCAGCUGUUUAUCACGCGGGAGUUGCUCAUGUUUUUCACGAAUGAAACCAAUUCGUAUGCUAACUGUGCCUUGGCAAACAAAUCGGCAGAGGAGAGUGCAGGGUGGGAAGGUGUCAAUUUGAUGGACAUCGCAAACUAUUUGGGACUAACCAUGGCGAUGGGCGUUGCAUCUCUUCCCGAAAUUCCAAUGUACUGGUCAACAGGGAAACCCUAUUCGAUGCCAGCCUUCAGGGAGACAAUGUCGUGCAAGCGUUUCAAAAGCAUUGGGAGAUUUUUUAAUUGCCAUAACAGCUGUGCAGUGCCUCGCGACAACACAGACCGGUUGCUGCAAGUGCGCACGGUCAUGGAAUAUUUUCAAAGUAAAUUCAAGGCGUUGUACGCCCCGAACAGGGAACUAUCUUUAGAUGAGGCCACGCUGGAAUGGAAGGGGAGACUGCCUUUCAAAGUUUAUAACCCGCAGAAACCUGAAAAGUAUGGCAUCAAAUUUUACAUUCUUGCCGAGGCUCAGACAGGAUAUGUAUUUGAUUUUGACAUAUACGUGGGGAUUGAGAAGUCAAUUCGCAACAUUGUGUUUGGACUUAUGGGACCUCUCCUCGAUAAAGGCUACCAGUUGUAUAUGGACAACUACUACAACUCGGUGAAGCUAACAGAAGAACUCUAUGAACAUGGAGUCCAUACCUGUGGCACUUUGAGGCUGUCAAGAGGAGCCCCAAAGGAUCUGCAAGCCCUGGCAAAAAUGAAGAUUCCACGUGACAGCAUUCAUUUUAGGAGGAAGGGAAAUACCUUUGUCAUAUGCUGGAUGAACACGCACCUGGUCACACUUAUAACCAAUAUUCACAAUGCCGACACUCACAACUUCGUUCGGCAACAAAAGGUCAGGAAGAGGGAUGGCACUGCACUCCUUAGUCGAAUUGAGCUGCAGCGACCUAACGCCAUAGCGGACUACAUGGACCACAUGAGGGGCGUGGUUCAUUUUGAUCAGAUGAUCCAAUACUAUCACUUCACGCGGAAGACUCAUAAAUGGACGAAGAAAAUCGUGCUGUAUUUCCUGCAAAUGGCACUGCACAAUGCCUACGUGUUGUACAAGAAAUAUAGCACAGACGAAAAGAAGAUGACAUUGCUCGCGUUCCAUGAGGUGCUGUUCAACGCCCUCAUUCAUUUCGAUCCUCAGGAGUGGGCCGUAAGCGGAGAUGCCAUCCCCCAUGCAACCGACCUGCCUCCGGCACUCGUCAGCGCACCCGUUACCCCACGCAUCACCGUCGCCCGAACCGCUGCCGCCACCGCCGCCACCAGCACCACCACCGCCGCCACCAGCACCACCACCGCCGCCACCGGAGACGAACAAGAAGCAGGGCCUUCAGAUGUAUCCACCACAAGAAGGCAGCGGCUUGCACCUGGCAGUGACGUGGACGACGAGGCACCAGAUGACCCUUCUCCAAGCGCUCCUCCGAAGCACAAAAGGCCAAGGCUUGUUGACCCUUCGUGCAGGUUAACGCAAGUGACGGAGCAUGCCAUGACCUCCAUAAUGCCAAGUCAGCGACGAUGCCGGGUGUGCUACAGGAACGGUCGGCGGCGUGACACCACCUGGGAAUGCAACAUAUGCAAGAUUCCUCUGUGUUUACGGGGAGAUUGCUUCGUUCUGUACCAUUCCCAGAAGCAGUAUUGGACCCCACCGCCCCCGUCAACACGGAAGAAAGACACUGCUUCAAAGAGGACGGCCACGGGCUCCAAGAGGGAAUUAACCUCUUUGGCUCUCCCCCUACCGAUAAGAAAUGAAGAGCCACAAUAUAAAAAAUCUACAACCUGAGGUUGUAGUUUGGUAGGUGGGGUGGGGGGUGAAUGAAAGAGCUCUUCAAGGAAGAAGGUGGUGAGUACAGCCAUACUUUUGAUUAUAUUAUUACAUCUAUGUGUAUAUAUGAUUACAUGUGUGUUUUGUCUUUAUAUUCAUGCCAAAGAAAUGGUAUAUCUUAGUAAAUAACCUUAAGAAAGAUAAUAUAUAUACUGACAUUUACAGCUCGUUCUUUUUACCAUUGAAUAUUUAUUAUUACGUGGCAAAGUUUUAUAUACCAUUUUCUUGGCAAUUUAAUCAUUUAUAUAAUGAUUAAAAACAUGUAUAUAUCUUCCAAUCUUGAUUUACAAGAACAAUAAUUUUUGUUUACACAUAGUAUACCAAAAAAAAAUUCGAAUUUUUUAAAAUAUAAUUUUUAUAGCAAUUUCCUUUCAAAAUGAGACCAAAAUGAGUCCGAUAUCUUUAAAAACUGCGCUACUACGCCUCUCAAAAUCAAAUUAUCGCUAACCACUUGCCAAUUUUUCCUAGAUUCAGCGGUGAACGAGAUACACACCCUGUAACUUGCAGACGUCUCGGAACGGGGAAAGGGUUAAGAUUAAGCGUUCCUUAAGACAGAGUUGACAGGGCGGGAGUUAGAGACGAGGCUACUUGCAGGAGGAUCACAUAAAAUGUUACUGGUUCUGUUUCUGGUGGUCAUCUUUUACCUUUCUUGAAUCGGUUAAUUUAAAUGCACUUUUACAUCUUUCAAAACAUGCAACAGGUGAAGCACAGCAAAGCGAACUCCUGUGCAAAGAAUGUGGGAAGGGCAAU